AUGUCAGAUAAUACACAAGUUUCACAGACUUACUUGGAUGAAGAAACAACAUGGGAUUCGUUCAAUCUUGAUGCCCGUCUUCUCCAAGCAAUAGAUCAACUUGGAUUCAUAUCUCCCACCUUAAUCCAAUCAAGUGUUAUUCCACUUGCCAUUGAUGAAAAAAGAGAUAUCAUAGCUAAAGCAUCUACUGGAUCAGGUAAGACUGGUGCAUAUGCUAUUCCUGUCAUACAUAACUUGAUGCAAGAAGACAAUGAGAACAACGAACUGGGAGUUAAAUGUUUGAUUUUGGUACCAACUAGAGAAUUAAGUAAUCAAGUUUAUCAAUUUAUUGAAAAAUUAUUAAUGUUUAAUGGAAAGAAACUUAAUAUCUUAAAUCUUAGUGAUGGGAAUUUGAAUGAAUCUGUUAUUGAAUCUUUAAUUAAAAUAUCACCGGAGAUUAUAAUUUCAACUCCUGGGAAAUUAAUUUCAAAUUUAUCAAAAUUAAAUUUUAAAUCAAUGAAAUAUUUUAUUAUUGAUGAAGUUGAUUUAAUCUUUUCAUUUGGAUAUUUUGAUGAUUUGAAGAAUUUAGAAAGUUAUUUACCUCAUAAGAAUAAUUUACAAACUUAUUUAAUGUCUGCCAGUUUAACUGAUGAUUUAAAUGAAUUGAAAUCAAGAUAUUGUACAAAACCAGCAAUUAUAAAAUUAAAUGAUGAAGAUGAUGCCGAUAAACAAGGGAAAUUAUUACAAUAUUAUGUAAAAACAACUGAAUUUGAUAAAUUCUUAUUAACUUAUGUUAUCUUUAAAUUGAAUUUAAUUAAAGGUAAAUCAAUUGUGUUUGUUAAUAAUAUUGAUCGUGGUUAUAGAUUAAAAUUAUUUUUAGAACAAUUUGGAGUUAAAUGCUGUAUAUUAAAUGGUGAAUUACCGAUGAAUUCUCGGUUACAUUUAGUCGAACAGUUUAAUAAGAAUGUUUAUAACUUAUUAAUUGCUACCGAUGAAAGCAAUGAAUAUGUUCAAGAAAAAGAUGAAGAAUCAGAUGAUGAACAACAAGAGAACAACAAUGCCGAACCAAAAGAAAAGUCAAGCAAGAAGAAUAAGAAAUCUAAAUUCAAGAAUGAUAAAGAAUAUGGUGUAAGUCGAGGAGUUGAUUUCAAAAAUGUUGCUUGUGUAUUAAAUUUUGAUUUACCAACUAGUUCAAAAUCAUAUAUUCAUAGAAUUGGUAGAACAGCGAGAGCUGGGAAAUCUGGGAUGGCACUUUCCUUUGUAAUUCCACCUAAAGAAUUAGGAAAACAUAAGAUUGCUACAUUGGCAACAUGCAAGAAAGACGAAAAGAUUUUACAUCGUAUAGUUAAACAACAAUCCAAGAAUGGAUUUGAAAUCAAACCAUAUCAAUUUGAUAUGAAACAAAUAGAAGGGUUUAGAUAUAGAUCAGAAGAUGCAUUUAGAGCAGUUACUCAAACUGCAAUUAGAGAAGCAAGAAUAAAAGAGUUGAAAACCGAAUUAAUGAAUUCGGAAAAGUUGACAAGAUUCUUUCAAGAAAAUCCUCAAGAUUUAUCAAGUUUAAGACAUGAUAAAGAAUUAUAUUCAGCUAGAGUUCAAACUCAAUUAAAGAGGGUUCCUCAAUAUUUAUUACCUGAAAGUGCUAGAGGUGAUACUCAAAAUAUUGGAUUUGUUCCAUUUCAUAAAGUUCAUAAAAAGAGAAAUAAGCAUAAUAAAAGAGGAAAGAAAUCUGAUCCUUUAAAGAAGUUUAAGAAGUAA